AGCUAUGAAGAUCAUUGUUGCUAAUCGCACACCCACAUGAGAGACAGUGGCAGUGAUGGAUCUCCUGGAUGUGAUCCUAAUGGCUCUAUCUGCUAUGGCGAUCCAAAAAGUGUACGCAAAGCCAACUGGGCCUUCUGCCUUCAGAAACAACAGCAAAGACAGCAUAACUGCAGAGCCAGGAAUGCUGAGGCUGCGUUUGAUAAAUGGAGGAAGCCGCUGUUCUGGCAGGGUUGAGGUGGACUACAAUGGAACCUGGGGUACUGUCUGUGAUGACAACUGGGACCUGGCUGAUGCUACAGUUGUGUGCCACCAGCUGGGUUGUGGCCGGGCCAUUCAGGCUCUGAAUGCCUCUUAUUUCCAGAAGAGAACAGGUCCCAUCCAUUUGGGUGGAGUGAAAUGUUUUGGGAUUGAAUCUUAUUUAUGGGACUGUCCCGCUGAGAGGAACCCUGACUGUGGACACAUAGGAGAAGCUGGUGUGAUAUGUUCAGAUCACCAAGUGUGGCGGCUGACAAGAGGCUUAGAUGCUUGCGCUGGGCGAGUGGAGGUCUAUUAUCGAGACAUCUGGAACACAGUAUGUGAUAGUAGCUGGUACCAGGAUGAGGCCAACGUCCUCUGCCGCUCCUUGGGCUGCAGUGAAAAGGCCUCAACCCCACGAGUGCCUUUCAACCACACACUGCUGGGCAAGAUGUAUUAUGAAUGCUCUGGAGAUGAAGAUUCACUCGCCAGUUGUAAAUGGCGCUACAACAAAGCCACGCUGUGUGACCAGUUCAGAGCUGCUGGUGUGAUAUGUAAUGGUUCAUUGGGUUUGGGAAACCAGACAGAUACAGCAGUGACAGAAGCAGUGACUCCAGCGGUGACUUCAGUCUCCCUCCUUCCCAAUCCAUGUUGGACUAGACCUGAGAACUGGGACUUUAAACUGUCCUACCAGACACUGGGUGUCCUCUGCAUCAUCCUGGGCCUUCUCCUUUUUCUGGCCAUCUUGAGUCACAUCAUCACCAUUUUACUGAGCAGGCGAAAGAAAAAUGGUACUCUUGAUUGUACCAUUUCCUCUACUUCAAUAUCUGCCCCAGUCCUGGUGAAUCACAGUGUGCAAGUCUCAACCACUGGAGUGCAUAAUGACUAUCGGGAAAUCUCCACAAGCCUCCCCAAAGGAGAAGCAACAGCAGCAAAACCUACACCUCUUAGUGAAGAUUCUGACUCUGACUAUGAACGCUAUGAUUUCAGUGACAAGCCCCCUGUGGCACUCUCCACUUUCUACAAUUCUCUCCGGCAUCGGGCACUUGAGGAAAACUUUCCUCCUUGCAAUUUUAGCAUUUCUGAUGUGCCCAGAGGGGAUGAGACCAAGCAUCCAGCUUUGAAGGGCCACAAUCCACAGGAAGUAGGACCUAUAGCUGAAGACAGUGACAGCACAUCAUCUGGAGAUGCAGAAUGGUAUGAGAACAUCCAAAGACCAGAAUGCCAGGGAGACCAUCCAGGAAACGGGUCGUUUGGAAGCCUGACAACUUUUUCCAGACCUUUGGUGAACUGUGAGACCAGGCCUGGGAAUGGCUCCUUCAACAGCAGUGAUUAUGAUGACAUGUGGUCUUGAGAGGCCAACUUGUGCCAGAGAUGUAGCUCCAUCUGUUUUUAGUUCUCUUUCAGAAACAGCCAAAGAUGGAUAAGACUGCGAGGACUGAGGAGGCUUUAUUGCCACAUGGGGAAUCCAGCAUUUUGAAAGAAGGCCAAGUAACCUCUGAAUCAAAGCCUACUACCAAAGAUAUUUCACUGCCCAUCCCAAGAUUAACUAGAAAUAUGUAGUACUCACACAGAGACACUACUUUCCAAUUCUUGCUGUUUCGUGAGAAGGGCACGAGUUCUGUUCUGAGAUUCCCCUUACCUGUUUUAAUUUUGCCAGCCAGUGAUAUAUGAUCUUAAAGUAGCUGAAAUGGAUAUUCCUAAGAGCCUAGAACUUGGAUUCAAGCUUCAAAAUAUAGGCAGCUGAGACAAAAGCUUCCAGAAGUAAGCACCAACUAAUCAUCAUCCACUAUGUUACAUCAUCAGCAAUUUGUAUGAUACAAGAAAGGGGGAUGCUAAACUGGUUCUUAUUCUAGGGAUUGAAUCCCCACUAACACAGUUCACAAAGAUAUUUUCUUCAUUGGGAAGAGCUCCUAUUUAAUUGCCAAUGAAUACUUGGGUUUCCUGGAUACACUUGCAGUUUCUGCCAACAAUUAGAUGUCAGUACAGUUGAUGGAAUUAGAUGUCAUUGUUGCUCCAGCUGAAAGACAGGUAGCUACAUUUAGCCCUCAUAUCCAUGGAUUUUUUAUUGAAGCAUCCACUGAUUGAAAAUAUUCCAAAAAAUAUUCCAGAAAGCCAUUUUAUUUUGCCAUUUUAUAUAAAGGUUACCAUUUUAAUAUGCCAUUGUUUUUAAUGGGACUUGAACAUCCAUGGAUUUGGGUAUCCAUGGGGACUCCUAAAAUCAAACCUAUGGAUACCAAGGGCCCACUGUACAAUGUUGUGGAUACCCUCUGUGUCCUGAUCCCAUCCCCCAAAACCCAGGCAGCCAUAUGGAGAGAUGGAUUUCUGGUGAGUGGGGCACUGGAGGAUUAUGCAUCCAACCCCUCUCUUGCUAGAAAGUGGCAGUGAGAAGACCAGAAGGCAGGACCCCUGUGGCGUUUUCUUGCAACUCCUCAUCACACCAUGGCUCACUGGCAAGAGGGGGAUGGAUGCAUCACCCUUCAGCACCCCACUCACCAGCACCAUAGGACUCUGGUCUUUGGUGUGGCUGACAGGAUUUAAGGUGAGUUUUGGGGUCAUUAAACGUAAAUACCAAAUAGUUUUUAGGUUGUAAGACUAGCUCAUGGCAUCAUUAUUGUCUCAUAGAAUGAUAACUUUUUUUUUCAAAUGAGAGGAAUACUAGGCAUCACUGAAACCUUCAGAAACAGCCUCGGGGAACUAGCAUGCGGCCUACUGGUCACACAUUCUCCUGGUUUAAGGUGCCACAAGACUCUUGGUUACAACAAACACAAAUACACUUGUCCUCCUAUGUCCCCCCCCCCCCCCCGCCAAAAAAAAGAUGUUUUGUACUUUUGCAAACCUUCUCCCUUUCUGAACAAGCCUGCCAAUAGUGCCUUGUGAGUGAGUGCUGCUGCUUUGGCUCUAUAUGAGCAAUGACAUCCAUCUCUGAUUUUUGGAAACACAGGGAGGAAGCUGUGGCCUAAGAAAAAGAGGAGAUGGAUAUCCACAAGGCAAGUAUCAGAAAAGAGCUGGAGAAAUUGCUGGUUAGCUAAAAAUCCAUGGGACAUGUCCCCAGACUGAAUCUGGCUAAGCUCCAUUUCUGCUAACCUUUCAAUAUGGCCUAAGAAAGAUUUUUUACCCUUAUAUGAUUGAUGUGAAAAAUUGUUUUAUUUGAUCAUACACAAAAUUUUAUUAAAAAGUGAU